GCUCGAGCUGGCAGGUGGCCGUGUGCUAUCGGGAGAUAAUGAACUCGCGAGGACAUUUUUUUUUAGGAAAGCGUGUGGAAUAAAACCACCCUCGAGUGGUGGUGAAGCUUUCUUAACCGUGCAAUUCCGUCAUCGCUUAGCUAUUAUUAUUAUUUUUUUUUUUUGUUUUUUCAAACGACGUGUGAAUUUCAUUGUUGUGAUUGUGAGAAAAUAAGAUAUGCGCUGGAGUGUUUACUCUCGAUCCAUCUGUUAGGAGGUUCAUAACCGAAUGGUGUAACUGGAGGAUUUUAGUUGUGUGUGCGUGUUUUUUUUUUUUUUUUGUUGUUGACGUUUUGGGUGUGUGUGGCAUGCGCGGCGGCGGACGGUCGCUGACGUAGGUCGGCGACCGUGCAUACGGGGCGGUGGCGCGGGCUCUCGCGAUCCGGAGGCGUGCUCGGGUCGCCUUGAAGAGGAUGGGCGGCAGCUAACAUGGACUACAUCCGCGAGUUCGACAUCCGGCUGGAGCGGGAGAUGUACUACGCCGGCGAGACGCUCGCCGGCCAUGUGGUGCUGGACACCGUCGAGAACUUCAAGCUCAGGGCCGUGCGCGUGGUGCUGCGCGGGAAGGCCCACGCCGAGUGGAAGGUGGUCGUGAGCGGCGACCGGCGCACCGUCAAGGACGACCAGUACUUCCUGGACGACCGGACCAUCAUCUGGGGUAAAGACAAGCCGGAGGGCCACGUGCCGAUACUGCCCCGGGGCCUGCACCAGUUCCCGUUCCGCUUCCAGCUGCCGGAGAGCUCGCUGCCCUGCUCCUUCGAGAGCAAGCCGGGCUACAUCCGCUACUACAUCAAGGUGACAGUCGACAUUCCAUACGCUUCUCCACCGCAAGGCAUGAAAUACUUUACCGUUAUUGGACCCCACAUAGACUGCAUGGAUGAACAGUAUCUUAAGCCGAUGGUGGGGCAGGACAAGCGGACGACGUGCUGCCUGUGCUGCGAGAAGGGCCCCGUGGUGCUGCGCACCCAGCUGGAGCGCUCGGCCUACGUGUGCGGGGAGUCCAUCAAGCUGCGCGCCAGCGUCGACAACCAGGGGCAGGAGGAGGUGCGCCUCAAGGUCCGCCUGCUGCAGUACGUGGAGUACUUCAUCGACCGGGGCGUGCUGGGCGUGAACAAGGAGGCGCAGCACCUGGUGCUGGAGUACAAGGGCGACCCCGUGGGGCCCAACACGCGCUCCAAGUGGGACUCCUCGCAGAGCCUCGUGGUCCCCGUCAUGCCGCCGACGCUCGUCGGCGUCUGCCGCCUCCUCCAGAUAUACUACGUGCUCAAGGUGAACCUGGAGUUCGAGAAGGCCGGGGACGACCUUCACAUGCACUUCCCCAUCACAGUCGCCACGGUUCCUUUCAGAAUACCAAACUCCAACCAGCAGCCCGUCGUCCAUUACGAGGUGGCCUGCGAGCACGUGGAGGGGGGCCUCUACAUCGGUCCCGAGUUCCUGCUGGGCCAGGUGUACGACGGCAGCAACCACCAGGAGACGCGGGAGACCGUGGUGCUGUACCGGCCCGUCUACGUCACGGUCGUCAAGAGCGGGGCCGCCCACGCACCGCUCGCUGGGCCCGCAGUGUGAAGAGACUGUUGCCCGUCUUCGUGUUCCACCCCUGAAGAAGGUUCGGUCACGUGUUGAAUACAUGACUACUUUUGUUGGGUGUACUUCUUGCUGUGUCGGUGUAAUUUUACGUGUGCGUUUGAGGUAGAUGACGUUAUCUCUGGGAACUGUGAAGUGAGUGGUCAUAGUGCUGGGUGUUUGUAGCGCUGAGACAGUGUAAGUUAUCAACGUUUUAUCUCUCUCAAGUAUUCCCCCAAGCUGUUUCUGUUUGUGGAUCGAGAUAUGCACUGUUGAAGUUUUUUCUGUGAUGACACUGUCUUGACUAUUGACUGUGGUUAGAGAUAACAGUGUGAUGCACUUUGGUGUUAAGUUUGGAGGGGAAGUUAUUUGGGCGGUUUCAGCUGCAUGCGGAGUUUGUUGUUCAGCUGAGCUGUGUCAUCUUGGAAGGCAGAUGUGUUGAACAAAACCCAACGUUUCAGGAUCUUGCUGUUUAAGUUGUAGGUUGUUAUUUAACUUUUUUUUUCUCCCCAUCUGCAGUGGCCCAGUAUCUCCGCAGUGUGUGCUGUCAAUGUUCAGACUGAGUAAAUAAAAAAAUGACAAAGCUGCAAACAAAAUGAAGCAAAAAAAACUGUAGCUCAUGUGCAACCUACAAUAAAUUAAUGUUUUUGUAAUUAUAGCAGGGUAAUAAAAUGGUUUCAAAAUGAGCUAAAUAAGAAUUUUUGGGGGGUGCAGUAUAGGCAUUGUUUAAGAUCUGUUAAUGCAUCUAAAGAUAAUUGUUGCUAGUUACGAGAAGAGUAAUAUUACGGCUGCAGGGCAGCAAAUGUCAAAUAUUUAAUGUACCUAGUUAUGUUGGCAUGAAACAUGUGAAUAGUAAUUUUCACACCGGAAUAUCUUAGUUGUCACAUGAGUGUCAUUAUAGUUUUUUUUUGUGUUUGUUGAAAUAUUAUGAACAAUACUAACUCCAUAUCUGUAAAGUUUUGAAGCUAUUUAAUGUUACAAAACCAAGCAUACAAUAUAAAUCAUAAAACUGAGUGUGUUUUCUCCACUACUCCUAGUAAAGUUAUUAGAAGCAAUAUUUUAAUGUCGGCAUUUAAUAUACGACCGUCAUCAGAUUCUCAUCUUCAAAGGCAACCUAAUUUGGCAAUGCAUCUUACAUUGUACAGAAAUCAGUAAUUGAAUGGUUUUUUAAGCUUACUUUAUGUGUUUGCUAGUGGUUAGUAAAGACCAUGAGCAAGUUAUAAAGACCAUGACAAUAAUUCAUAAAUGCCAUGGCAAAGUGUCAAGUAUCAUUUAAGAUGAUUGAAGGAUGUUACAAUAGUUGUGAGGGAAACACUAUUGGCAGAGAAAAAUGUUGUGCCUGGUUUUGAUGUAAAACUCCACAAAACUGUGGAGUUUUUGGAAUUGUUUUACAUUGUAUUGGUGUAAUGUUUGGUGUUACUAGGAGUGGAAAGUUAUCGUAAAAUCCAAACAAUUUCAUUUUUGCGAGUACAGUUUGGCUUCUGUGUGUUGCACUACUAAUCUUGUCACCUUCUCUUGCACGGAUGUCCUGACAGUGUGCUUCGACAGGCAAAUAAACUUGAAGAAACCCAGAGUGUGUGCUAGAUGGUGGAACAGCAGAGCAACCAGACUUCAGCCUGAACGAUAAGAAACCAGUCCAAGCACCGAGAAUUGCACAAACCUCGUGUUUUUAUAUGCUGUGUAUCGCCAGUCACGUCUCUUUUUUAAGUGUCUUUUUUGUACUCCUUGCGUACUUCCAACCCGAAACGUAUGAUACACUUCUUUUUCACACAAUCUGUGCAUCAAUUCACUGUUGGCUCCAUCUUCAGUAGAAGCAUGGUGGUGCACUGAUAUCACUUACUGAAGCAGUUAAAGAUUAUGAAAGCAAUAAUCUGUAGAUAGUAAUUGAGUUUUAAAGUACGUAAUAAUUUCCAUCCCAGGUUUUUUUCCCUUAUGUAGAGUCAAUAGCGAUGAGAAUCUAAUUUGUCCUCAUCAUUUCAUGAAAAUUAUACUAACAUCGGAAUAAAUAUGGUUCAAUAUAAUACACCCUUUUCGGUUGAUGGAGAAAAUUUUAAAUGGUACGACACAGUUUUCACGUUCAAAUGCACGAAAAUGUUAUCACCGCGGAAUAUUCACGAGCUUUUUUCGCUACUUUUGCGGCCGUCUCGCACAGUCUACACAACACUGGUACUAUUCUUCCACUUCGGUCGCGUGCCACAGAUUCACAGCUGCCGCGCCCGUCUAGCACUACAGUUUUCACAUUCAAAACGUGGAACAGUCACGCGCGGUUCUCGGUUCCGUCUGCAGCCGCUCCGGCCAGACUGAGUGUCGCCAGCGCACUCACCACUGCACUGUGCAAGAAGUCACCAUUCGCCUCUCUCGCAGCGAGGAAGGGAAACAGAGUUCCAGAAACAUAUUUAACUUUAUUUAAAGUUCUCACUCUUGAAUCCAAUUAUAAGCAACCAUUUUAAACUCUUUUUAAAAGAUUAAAAAUAAAUUACUAAAAGACUUAUAAUUUUAAGGCUUAUAAAUAAAUUAACUAAAUAAACAUUAAACAAAAAUAGUGGUAAAAUCACGUCAACAUAAUAAAAAGUCCGUAACAAUUAAAAAGUUAAAAUAAAAA